CCCGCCCCCGGGGAAGGCAGGCGCCGCGUUGAGCCGGGGCCGAUGCAGCUGAGCCGCGCCGCCGCCGCCGCCGCCGCCGCCGCCCCUGCGCAGCCCUCGGCUCAGCUGCCCCCCGCGCCCGCCCCGGCCCCGGCCCCCCCCGGCCCCCUCCCGCGCGGCGCGGCCGACGGGGCUCCGGCGGGGGGGCAGGGGGGGCCGGGGCGCCGCGCGGAGCCCCAGCGCGCCCCGCUCCCGGCCGCGAGCCGCCCGGGCUCCGGCCCGGGUGCCGGCGCGGGGAUGGACGGCCCCGGGGCCAGCGCGGUGGUCGUACGCGUCGGCAUCCCGGACCUGCAGCAGACGAAGUGCCUGCGUCUGGACCCGGCCGCGCCCGUGUGGGCCGCCAAGCAGCGCGUGCUGUGCGCCCUCAGCCACAGCCUCCAGGACGCGCUCAACUACGGGCUCUUCCAGCCGCCCUCGCGGGGCCGCGCCGGCAAGUUCCUGGACGAGGAGCGGCUCCUGCAGGACUACCCGCCCAACCUGGACACGCCCCUGCCCUACCUGGAGUUUCGAUACAAGAGGCGAGUGUACGCGCAGAACCUCAUCGAUGAUAAGCAGUUUGCAAAGCUUCACACAAAGGCAAACCUGAAGAAGUUCAUGGAUUACGUCCAGCUGCACAGCACGGACAAGGUGGCCCGCCUACUGGACAAGGGGCUGGACCCCAAUUUCCACGAUCCUGACUCAGGAGAGUGUCCUCUGAGCCUUGCGGCCCAGCUGGACAACGCCACAGACCUGCUGAAGGUGCUGAGGAAUGGCGGCGCCCACCUGGACUUCCGCACUCGCGACGGGCUCACGGCCGUGCACUGUGCCACCCGCCGGCGCAACGCGGCAGCCUUGACGACCCUGCUGGACCUGGGCGCCUCUCCUGACUACAAGGACAGCCGUGGCCUGACGCCCUUGUACCACAGCGCCCUGGGGGGCGGGGAUGCCCUGUGCUGCGAGCUGCUGCUGCACGACCAUGCUCAGCUGGGGACCACGGAUGAGAACGGCUGGCAGGAGAUCCACCAGGCGUGCCGCUUUGGGCAUGUGCAGCACCUGGAGCAUCUGCUAUUCUACGGAGCUGACAUGGGGGCUCAGAACGCCUCAGGGAACACGGCCCUGCACAUCUGUGCCCUUUAUAACCAGGAGAGCUGUGCUCGCGUCCUGCUUUUCCGCGGAGCUAACAAGGACGUCCGCAAUUACAACAGCCAGACAGCCUUCCAGGUGGCCAUCAUCGCAGGGAACUUUGAGCUCGCAGAGGUCAUCAAGACCCAUAAAGACUCAGAUGUUGUACCAUUCAGGGAAACCCCCAGUUAUGCAAAGCGGCGGCGGCUGGCUGGCCCCAGUGGCCUGGCCUCCCCUCGGCCCCUGCAGCGCUCAGCCAGUGACAUCAACCUGAAGGGUGAGGUGCAACCGGCAGCUUCUCCUGGACCUUCUCUGCGAAGCCUUCCCCAUCAGCUGCUGCUCCAGCGGCUGCAGGAGGAGAAAGACCGGGAUCGGGAUGGUGACCAAGAAAAUGACAUCGGUGGCCCCACAGCAGGCAGGGGCAGCCAGAGCAAGAUCAGCCCGAGCGGGCCCGGCGGCCCCGGCGCGCCCCCCGGCCCCGGCCCCGCGCCCCCCGCGCCCCACGCGCCGCCGCCGCGGGGCCCGAAGCGGAAACUUUACAGCGCGGUCCCCGGCCGCAAGUUCAUCGCCGUGAAGGCGCACAGCCCGCAGGGCGAGGGCGAGAUCCCGCUGCACCGCGGCGAGGCCGUCAAGGUGCUCAGCAUUGGGGAGGGCGGUUUCUGGGAGGGGACCGUGAAAGGCCGCACGGGCUGGUUCCCGGCCGACUGCGUGGAGGAGGUGCAGAUGAGGCAGUAUGACACACGGCAUGAAACCCGGGAGGACCGGACGAAGCGCCUUUUCCGCCACUACACAGUGGGCUCCUAUGACAGCCUCACCUCACACAGUGAUUAUGUCAUUGAUGACAAGGUGGCCGUCCUACAGAAACGGGACCAUGAAGGCUUUGGUUUUGUGCUCCGGGGAGCCAAAGCAGAGACCCCCAUCGAGGAAUUCACGCCCACGCCCGCCUUCCCUGCGCUCCAGUAUCUUGAGUCGGUGGAUGUGGAGGGUGUGGCCUGGAGGGCCGGGCUGCGCACAGGAGACUUCCUCAUCGAGGUGAACGGGGUGAACGUGGUGAAGGUUGGCCACAAGCAGGUGGUGGCUCUGAUCCGCCAGGGCGGGAACCGCCUCGUCAUGAAGGUUGUGUCUGUGACAAGGAAGCCCGAAGAGGAUGGGGCUCGGCGCAGAGCCCCACCGCCCCCCAAGAGGGCCCCCAGCACCACGUUGACUCUGCGUUCCAAGUCCAUGACGGCAGAACUUGAGGAACUUGCCUCCAUUCGGAGAAGGAAAGGGGAGAAGCUGGAUGAGAUCCUGGCCGCCGCCACGGAGCCGACCCUGAGGCCGGACAUCGCGGACGCCGACUCAAGAGCCGCCACUGUCAAACAGCGGCCCACCAGUCGGAGGAUCACCCCUGCCGAGAUCAGCUCUCUGUUUGAGCGCCAGAGCCUCCCAGGCCCAGAGAAGCUGCCUGGCUCCCUGCGGAAGGGGAUUCCACGGACCAAGUCUGUAGGGGAGGAUGAAAAGCUGGCGUCCCUCCUGGAGGGGCGCUUCCCGAGGAGCACGUCCAUGCAAGAUUCCAUGCGCGAGGGCCGAGGCAUCCCGCCACCCCCCCAGACUGCGCCGCCCCCCCCACCAGCCCCCUACUACUUCGACUCGGGGCCGCCCCCCACCUUCUCGCCUCCGCCACCCCCUGGCCGCGCCUACGACACUGUGCGCUCCAGCUUUAAGCCCGGCCUGGAGGCGCGCCUGGGCGCGGGGGCCACGGGCCUGUAUGAGGCUGGGGCGCCCCUGGGGCCGCUGCCCUACCCUGAGCGGCAGAAGCGCGCGCGCUCCAUGAUCAUCCUGCAGGACUCGGCACCCGAGGUGGGCGAUGUCCCGCGGCCACCUCCGGCCGUCACCCCGCCUGAGCGGCCUAAGCGGAGGCCGCGGCCGCCAGGCCCCGACAGCCCGUACGCCAACCUGGGUGCCUUCAGCGCCAGCAUCUUCGCACCCUCCAAGCCCCAGCGCCGCAAGAGCCCCCUGGUGAAGCAGCUGCAGGUGGAGGACGCCCAGGAGCGCGCGGCCCUCGCCGUUGGCAGCCCCGGCCCGGGUGGUGGCAGCUUUGCCCGCGAGCCCUCCCCGACGCACCGCGGCCCUCGGCCUGGCGGGCUCGACUAUGGCCCCGCUGACAGCCCCGGCCUGGCUUUCGGCGGCCCGGGGCCGGCCAAGGACCGGCGGCUGGAGGAGCGGCGCCGCUCCACCGUGUUCCUGUCGGUGGGAGCCAUCGAGGGCAGCCCCCCGAGCGCCGAGCUGCCCUCCCUGCAGCCCUCCCGCUCCAUCGACGAGCGCCUUCUGGGCGCCGGCGCCACCCCCACCACCGGCCGCGACCUGCUCCUGCCCUCCCCCGUCUCUGCUCUGAAGCCAUUGGUGAGCGGCCCGAGCCUUGGGCCUUCAGGCUCCACCUUCAUCCACCCGCUCACCGGCAAGCCUCUGGACCCCAGCUCGCCCCUGGCCCUGGCCCUGGCCGCGCGGGAGCGGGCUCUGGCCUCCCAGGCGCCUUCCCGGUCCCCCACACCUGUGCACAGCCCCGACGCUGACCGUCCCGGGCCUCUAUUUGUGGAUGUGCAGGCCCGCGACUCCGAGCGAGGGGCCCUGGCCUCCCCAGCCUUCUCCCCAAGAAGUCCAGCCUGGGUCCCUGUGCCUGCUCGCAGGGAGCCGGAGAAAGCACCCCGGGAAGAGCGGAAGUCACCGGAGGACAAGAAGUCCAUGAUCCUCAGCGUCCUGGACACAUCUCUGCAGCGGCCGGCUGGUCUCAUCGUCGUGCAUGCCACCAGCAACGGGCAGGAGCCCAGCGGGCUGGGGGCUGAAGAGGAGCGGCCAAGCACCCCGGAGCUGGCCCCCGCCCCUCCACAGUCGGCAGUGGCGGCGGAGCCCCUGGCUAGCCCCCGGGCGCAGCCCCCUGGCAGCGCCCCGCCGACAGACCCCGGGCCGGGCCAGGGCAGCUCGGAGGAGGAGCCAGAGCUGGUGUUUGCCGUGAACUUGCCGCCCGCCCAGCUGUCCUCCAGUGAUGAGGAGACCAGGGAGGAGCUGGCCCGCAUUGGGCUGGUGCCGCCUCCUGAAGAAUUUGCCAACGGGGUCCUGCUGGCCACCCCCCUUCCUGGCCCAGGUCCCUCGCCCACCACGGUGCCAGGCCCGGCCUCAGGGAAGCCGAGCAGCGAGCUCCCGCCUGCGCCUGAGUCUGCAGCUGACUCAGGGGUGGAGGAGGCCGACACGCGCAGCUCCAGCGACCCCCACCUGGAGACCACAAGCACGAUCUCCACGGUGUCCAGCAUGUCCACGCUGAGCUCAGAGAGUGGGGAACUCACUGACACCCACACCUCCUUCGCCGAUGGACACACUUUUCUACUCGAGAAGCCACCAGUGCCUCCCAAGCCCAAGCUCAAGUCCCCGCUGGGGAAGGGGCCGGUGACCUUCAGGGACCCGCUGCUGAAGCAGUCCUCGGACAGUGAGCUCAUGGCCCAGCAGCACCACGCCGCCUCUGCUGGGUUGGCCUCUGCUGCCGGACCUGCUCGCCCUCGCUACCUCUUCCAGAGAAGGUCCAAGCUGUGGGGGGACCCCGUGGAGAGCCGGGGGCUCCCUGGGCCCGAAGAUGACAAACCAACUGUGAUCAGUGAGCUCAGCUCCCGCCUGCAGCAGCUGAACAAAGACACACGCUCCUUGGGGGAAGAGCCGGUCGGUGGCCUGGGCGGCCUGCUGGACCCUGCCAAGAAGUCGCCCAUCGCGGCAGCUCGGGAGGUGGCUUAGGACACAUACCACCGAACGGCAGACACAGGACUCCGAUUUACUGGUUGUCAAACCCCACGAUCAGGUGAUCAGGCUUAGGUGAGCCCGGGUAUGGUCAUUUGCCUGUUGGCUCCCAUGGGGCGGCUGGGCAGCCUCAGCAUCUCUCCUCUGUCAGGGAAACGAUCUCUUGUUCCAUGGCUCUGGGUUGCGCCAGGACGCUGUUUGUUUUCUUUUUUGGAUAUGGGAUGGGGAAGGGCAGUUGCAAACCUUCCGUCCCAUCUAUUCCAUAGGUCCUUUGGAAAGUGAGCCUCCUUCCCCGGUUCUUGCCAGACUGCAGCUCUGGCUUCAUGUGGGUCUCCUGCUUUCCUCUGAAUGAAUCACUGGGGUCAGCGGGACGUAAGGCUGCCGCUGGCCAGGCCCGAAUCGUCUCUCUCCUGGAAGCCAGGGCAUGCGGUGCUGAGAGUGAGGGAGUGUGGUUCUCAAGAGGACAAUCAGGUCCUGGUAGCAGGGUCCCAGAAGCCAGGUAACCUGAAACGACAGAGGUCCCCUGUAAUGUGGCCCUUGCCAUCUCCAGCAGCUUCAUUCCCUGGCAUCAGCUUAGGGUCAGAGGGCUCUGGAUUUCAACUUUCAGCUGUUGCAUCUGAGCUCUGUAGUCUUGGACAAGCCCCUUGACUCCUGUGAACGGCAGUCCCUCCCCUGUGACAUGAGGAUGAUACAGCAUCACUUUGAAGCUCUGAGCUCAGGGCUCCCGCAUGGUGGUUUCUCACUUGGUGCACACUCGGCCAAGCCCUUUGUGGUUCUGGGGGCGCCGGCAUGGCGCAGUAGGUUGGGUGUCCAACUCUUGACUUGUCUCAGGUCAUGAUCUCAGGGUCCUGGGAUCAAGCCCCACGUCGGGCUCCGUGCUCAGUGGGGUGUUUGCUUCUCCCUCUCCCUCUGCCCUUCCCCCACUCUCUCUCUCUCUAAAAUAAAGAAAUAAAAUUGUUUAAAAAAGAGUGCCAGAUACUGCACUAGAAAACAUCAGAUCCUAUUAUUUCACCUCUAUAACCCUUCUGUUAGAUGGGCUGUAGUAUAAUUUCCAUUUUCCAGACAAUGAAACUAAGGUUCUAAAGAGGUCUCUUGGAGCCAGUAAGUGGUGGUGUCCAGCCGACCCCCGCAGCCUCUGUCGUUAAGCCCCUUCUGGUGACAGACACUGGUUUCUGUGCAGUAACCCAUCGCACAGACAUGCGCACCUGUUCAUUCGUUACACUGCCACCUGUACGUGUCAGUUGUGUGAAGGACACACGGCGUGUCCUUGAUAUUCUGCAAUCACUCAUCCACGCAGUUCGACCUUGUUAGUGUAGCCUCCCCAUCCCCCUGCCCUCCACAAGCCCUCCUGCUCCCGGUCACGCGUCCUGUCUCCGCAGUGUUCCUCCUCUUGCCCUCAGACCUGGGUGAAACCACGGCCCUCUGGAGUGCCCCCCCUCCACUUCUGGCUGCAGGCAGGGGCCGAGCAGGGGACGUGGCGACAUGUUGACUUGGCCUUCGGUGGCUGCCGGGCGGCUCCUGCUCCGCCGCUGGCUGCGGGCUGCACUCCUCUCUCAGCAAUGGGCUGCCCAUGAUACCGUGUCGUGGAGAAAUGCUCCUGGUAUGGGAAGUCCCGAUGUCUGGGUAGGGCUGCUUCCUUCCCAGGAUCGGUCCUGGCAGAGGCCCCUGGAGGGCCACACCUCCGAGCCUCGUCCCCUGGUCCCUGGGUUCCCUGGGUUCCCUGGGUUUCACCACCCGGACCUGUCCCUUUCCUCACCCAACGGAUGUCACAGGAGGGGCAGCGCCCCUUCCUGCUCACCUACCUCCCCGCUGACCGCCCUGAGGCCCCGUAGCCACAAGACGCCCCGUAGCCUAAGACCUUCUCGGGCAACCUAAGCUGCCCUGUAUGCCACAGAUCUGAAGUAACUUGAAGUGAUCGGCUCAUCUGUCCUGGGGCCAUCUUUCUGGGUGGAAGGGCUAAGACCUCUGGCUUUCUGGACCAUUGGUUGCAGACUAUGCACCCACUCUGCGCUUCCAGCUUCGGGUCUAGCUCUGGUGUAGACAGAACAGCCGUCUUCUUAGAGCCCCACCGAGGUCUUUGAGGGCCACGUCUGCACGCAGCUCCAUUUGUCUUCCAUGCUCCAUAGUUGGAUUGGAAUCCUGCGUGUGGUCUGAGCCCCGCAGGGACAGAGUUCUGCUGUGGCUCUCAGUUUUACAGCUAUCUGACCCUCACAUUGGGUUUUACAGAAGACGUUCAUGGAGAAAUGGCUUUGGAAAUACAAAGUGAAGGCGGUGUCUGUCCUGCACACCCCACCCCUCUGAGGUGCUCUGUGCCAUGGCCUCACACCCGUCAGUAGUAGGUCACCGCUUAGUGUCUUGCAGGAGACACACGCCCCUCUGAUGGGGUAGGGACCCUGGUCUGCUGACAUGUUUGGCAGGGAUUUGGAUGCAACCCCUGUGUGACUGCAGGUGUUUCAAGGGCAGCUGGGCUUCCUCCGGGACCUGGGCUGACACCUGUUGUGUGAUGGCCAGUGCAAUGUUGCAUGAAACUGGGUCGCGUGCUUCGGGAGCCCCGAACUCUGCUGGGAGAGCAGGAAGGGCUCACAGAUGAGGCGAUGUGUUGAGGUUGGAGCUGUGAGCGGAUGUGGGCAGUGGGAAGGCAAGAGGCUGGAGACGCCGCGGCCACAGGGUGUGCUUUGAAGCUUACGGGUUUGUAUCUAGUUCUGUGCUGCUGUUGAGGGUUCUUUCCCCGACUGGGGCUCCCAGACUGCAGAAGCUCCCGGGCCUAGACCUGCCCUGCAGGAGUGCUGUGGCGGAAGGCCUGAGGCAGAGGCAAGGACCAGAGCUUGGGCUUUGUCUUUUCUGUUGGUACCAAUGGGUCAAUAGGCAGCCAAGCCUGGGAGAGAUACAUAAAGUUAUUUUUGUGUGAUGACAUUUUUUCCAGUGUAAGUUGUGCUCCUGGCUUUGUGCUAGGUCCUAGGAGUCAAGGAGGACAGUUAGCUAAUGAGGAGAGAGGGCCUGAGUGAGCAUGAAAUGUCUGGACCUUGAGGUGGCUGGGGAAUGAGGAUGAGGACCUGGGUUAAUGCUAGGAGCCCUCCAGGUGAAAAGAAGGAGCUGAUGGUGGCACCCAGGUCCCUGGUGUGGGGAGGAUGUCUGGCAGCCUCUGUAGAGGUCUGGAGCUCAGGGGAGCUUAGCUGGGCUUUACACAUAGCAUUUUUACACACCUCGCCAUAGCCAAGGGAGUGGACCAUACGGCCCAGGAGAGUAGACCAUGGGAGUGGACCAUACGACCCAGGAGAAAGUGGGAACUGAAAGGAGAACCCAUGAAACCCAGCUAGGAAGGAAGGGGUAGAGGAAGGGGUCAGCAAGAGGUCCUGCUACUGCCUUGGUAACUGCAUGGGUGUGUGGGGGGUGGGGACCAGGCCAGGCCUCAGUGGCUGAAGAGUUACGAGGUAGUGAGGCAGUACCACAGUCAGAUGUUGGUGGAGGAGACGUCCGGGGCAUGAAGCCUCGCUGAGCCAUCCGGAGGAGAUGCUGCCGGCAUUCAGGGGUGAGGUACCGUUGGUUAGAGGGUGGAUAGCCCAGAAGCCCCCUCUGGGAGGCCAGCGGGUGCUGGGACGUGAUUACGCCAUGGUUGGGUCCUGGCUCGGGAGGUGGUCAGACAGCCGAGAGAGGUGAUGGACAGUGAUGGGUGUGCAGAAGAACGCAGAAACUUGGCUGUGAAUACUGCUGGGAUUCCUGCCCAGGGGGCGAUGUGAUAGUUCCUUGUCCCCGCAAGAGGAAGGAGAGGAGGAGCAGGCACCUGGGAUGUGGGGAACCCUCAGCCACUCCCUGCUGUGUUCUGUGGCCUCGGGAGCGCAGACUUCCUUAGGCUCUUCUAGGCCUCCUGGCCUGUCCAGCAUCCCUGGGCAUCCUUAGGACAGGCUCUCUCUCUCCACUCCCAGCCAAGUGGAACAUGGCACUUCAGGCCCUCAUGGCACCCCUGGCACCAGCCGUAUCCUCAGGCAGGGGCCCAUCUCCUUGCACCCAGCACCCAUCUCCUCAGGGGGCUCUUCCUCGGUGCUACUAGAGCCAGCUUACCUCUCUGCCAGACGAGGAGGCUCCAGCAUCGGCCAGAAAGAUUCUGGAGGCCAGACCCUGCUCUGGGCUCAGAGCACCCACCCUGUUCUCUCUGCCUUCGCAGCUUGGCUGUGGUCCUGCCAACUUGUCACUAUGCUUCGGUCACACCCGAGCCUCUAGGCAUGCCCACAUGAGUCCACUGAAACGUAACCUCUGGGGUAGGCUGGGGAGGGUUCCCUCCUGAGAUGCAGGUCCUCAGGCUGGGGUCGCUGUGUGGGGGCCAUAGGGGGCCUCUCCCGGCCACUGUCCUCUCAGCAUCUUACGCAGCGCUGCCUCCCCCUCCCCCACAGUCAGCCCCCUGGGCACCCACCACCCCCCUGCAAUAUCCCCUUGGGUGGCCUCCUCCUCUCCCUUCACUGCUGCCCUGCCUUGCCCCAAAGCCCAGGUGGUGCCAGGGAGGCCAGGUGUGGUGGGAACAGAGAGGGGUCUUCUGGUUGGUGCCCAUUCCUGAGCCCACCUCAGGUGUCCCCUGGGGGCAGGUGGGGGGGAGGCUUGAUCUAGUCUCCUCAAGAGGCUCCGCUGUGGGCCUGAGCCAUUGGGAGAGGCAGCAGGGGCAGAGGCUGAGGAGAGGAGCCAGUGGAAGGUGGGGGAAGCUGGGAACUGGAGCGCAGGUUGAGUGGGAGAGGUUGCACUUGCACAGGUGGGACAUGGAAAGAUGAAGCCACAUCAAGAGGAGGAAGGAUGCCGAGGGUGCCCCGUGCACUGUGGGAUUGGCCCCGGCCAGGGUCUCACGGAGGUGGGCGGGGGUACCCAGAGGAGUGUGCUUAGCCCAACUUAGGCAGGGGCGGGGUGGGGAGGUGGGCUGGCCACUGGAGAGAGGCUGCUCAGACCUCAGAGAGUGUCCCCAAGUGCCAAGGGGCUGCUGAGCACCUGCCACACAGCGUCCCAAGAAAAGCCCGUGGAUGGGCACUACUCUUGCCUGGCUUCUCAAACCAGAAAAGCCCCACAGGCAGACCAGGAGCCCACCCAGAUGGGCCCGGGUUGGGGCUGCAGCCCCCUCCCCUAGCAGCCCCAAGUGUGCUCCCUCCCACUGCAGCGAGUUCCUCCCCCGCAGGUGUCUGGCCAGGAUGUGUCCUUGGCUGCCACACUAGCUCGAGUGGGGCCACGUGCCUGCUGUUGGGCCUGGGCUGCUAACACUCUUUCUCAUUGCUCUCUCCCGCCCAUCUGCAUGUGGC